AAAAAAAAAAAAAGAGGAGAAAGAGGAAAAGGAAGAGGGCAGAGCGCCGCACACGGACCGCGGGCAGCCCCGUCCCGCUCCCAGCAUGUCCCAGUGGAGGAAGACCAUCUACAAAACGGUUUGCCUGUCCUUCCUGCUGGUGGUCACGGUGACGGUGCUGCAGCGGGGAAUGGCCCCCAGCCAGUUCAUGCAGGGCCAGCAGCAGAAGGAGCUGCCCCCUCCUGAGCCCCUGAAAACGCAGAAGAGAGGCGACGCCUUCUCGGUCACCAGCACUUUCUGGAAGAGCAAGAAUGAGAAGGCUCCCGUGAAGGAGGAGGAGGAGGAGGGGGUGACGGAGAAGCAAGUGAAGUCGUGGGACAUCACCACUGCCAACUGCUCGGCCAACCAGAACUUGAGCAAGGUGGAGUGGUUCAAGGGGCUGGAGCCCAACUUCCAGCAGUUCCUGCUCUACCGGCACUGCCGCUACUUCCCCAUGCUGAUCAACCACCCCGAGAAGUGCAGCGAGGGCGUCUACCUGCUCAUCGUGGUCAAGUCCGUCAUCACGCAACACGACCGCCGCGAGGCCAUCCGCAGGACCUGGGGCCAGGAGAAGGAGGUGGAGGGCAAGAGGAUCAGGACGCUCUUCUUGCUGGGCACGGCCUCCAAGGAGGAGGAGAGAGACAACUACCAGAAGCUGCUGGAUUACGAGAACCGCAUCUACGGGGACAUCCUGCAGUGGGAUUUCCUGGACAGCUUCUUCAACCUGACCCUCAAGGAGGUGCACUUCCUGAAGUGGCUGAACAUCUACUGCGACAACGUCCGCUUCGUUUUCAAGGGUGACGACGACGUCUUCGUGAGUCCCAGCAACAUCCUGGAGUUCCUGGAGGACAAGACGGAGGGAGAGGACCUCUUCGUGGGGGACGUCCUCUACAAGGCCAAGCCGAUCCGGAAGAAGGAGAACAAGUACUACAUCCCCAGUGCUCUCUACAACAAAAGCAACUACCCGCCCUACGCGGGGGGUGGGGGUUUCAUCAUGGCUGGGCCCUUGGCCAAGAAGCUGCACAAGACCUCGGAGAUGCUGGAGCUGUACCCCAUCGACGAUGUCUUCCUAGGGAUGUGCUUGGAGGUCCUCAAGGUAUUGCCUGUCGGGCACGAGGGCUUCAAAACUUUUGGCAUUGUGAAGAACAAGAACAGCAAGAUGAACAAGGAGCCGUGUUUUUUCCGGAGUAUGUUGGUGGUUCAUAAACUGCUGCCUCCGGAUCUGCUCCAAAUGUGGGACUUGGUCCACAGUAACUUGACGUGCUCGAGAAAACUCAACAUCCUUUAGCUCAGUCUCUUUGGAGAGCUGGGACUGGAGGGGCCGGGGCAGCUGCUCCCUGCCCCAGGGUGCGGUGAGCCUCUGCUCGUGGCACACGAGGAGGGCAGAGGCUCUGCGGCCACAGGCAGGGCUUGUGAUAGUGUUUGUUCCUGUACUGUAAUGUGGUUCACUUAUCUCCAGCUGGGUUGGGGGUUGCUGAAAAAGAAGAGGAAAAAAAAAAAGGAAAAAAAA